GUGUUUGGUGGAAUUGUACCCAAAAGAAAAAGCAAAAAACAGAGAAACAUAUACAUAUUCUAUCUAUGAUUUUUGCAAAUUUAGUCGUCGGAAAGUGACCCACCACUUGCACGUUCCAUUUAUUUUUUUCCUCUCCUAAUACGGAAUCUUAUCAUUUUAGUCCUCUGUUAAUCAGUUUGAGCGGAUGAAGACUGGUUGUCAAGCCAUCACUUUUCUUUUUGUUGUCUCGCGAUAAUUACUGGCGAGGUACGGCCUUUCUUCUUCUUAAUUUUUAUGCUACAUGCUUCGAUUUUAAGUCGCGACUGACAAUUUCUCAGUCGAUUUCUGGGUUUUUGACGUCUAUGGUCAUUUGGGUGUUUGAUAAACCCUUUAAUCUCAGCUUUGAGAUGCUAGUACUUAUUUUGAUGCUGUAAUACGCUGUCAAUCUCAUCUCAAUUGGGUAAAUAAAUGGGGUCUGAAGGCCCUCCUCCAUUGACGAUCCAUGUGACAGGAUUUAAGAAAUUUCAUGGGGUUUCAGAAAACCCAACCGAGACAAUUGUUGGUAAUCUGAAAGAAUACACGAAGAAAAAGGGUUUGCCAAAAGGCCUGAUUCUUGGGAGUUGCAGCAUUCUAGAGACUGCGGGACAGGGUGCUGUUGUUUCUCUAUACCAGACGCUGCAAUCCGCUGUGAGCAAGAAGGAUUCUGAAUCAUCAAAUUUGGGAAAAAUUAUAUGGCUGCACUUUGGAGUUAAUAGUGGUGCAACAAGGUUUGCAAUUGAGCAUCAAGCUGUCAAUGAAGCUACAUUUCGCUGUCCUGACGAGAUGGGAUGGAAACCACAGAAAGUCCCCAUUAUUCCUGCAGAUGGUGGAAUUUCACGAACACGAGAGACUUCUCUUCCUGUUGAGGAGAUUACCAAGGCCUUGGUGAAGGUGGGUUUCGAGGUGAUGAAUUCCGAUGAUGCAGGUCGGUUUGUAUGCAAUUAUGUGUACUAUCAUUCCCUCCGCUUUGCAGAGCAGAAUGGAAUCAAAUCGCUUUUUGUGCAUGUGCCCCUCUUCUUGACCAUCGACGAGGAAACACAAAUGCAAUUUGCAGCUUCCUUGUUGGAGGCGCUUGCAUCUUUGAAUUAGCAUUCGCCCAUCCUUCAGUCACAUCUUUAUGCGGGAAAGCUUAUGAGUGUUGAUUGCUGUUGGCCAUGUACGCGAAGGGGAGAGGUUCCUUGUUGAUUCAGAUACUUCGAUGAACUUGCUAGUGAAUGAUAAACGAAUGUUUUGCACGUCUCAUGUAUUUCUACUCAUGUUCCUAGGAAGGUUUUGAGCCAUGUUUGAAGUUUCCAAGCAAUCAUCCAUGUUGCUUUGUGAAUAAAAUCUGCAGUUUGCUUCUGCUUUCUUAA